AUGUUUUCAGCAGGUUCAAUCUGGAGACUAUACGUCCUUUCGGCCGUGAUUACGCUUGUCAGCCUACCACCUGUUGAGCUUGCCGAAGUCGAACGACACGCCCUUUCACGAAGAGCAAAAAAAAAUGACAAACCACCGCCAGCGCCACUAAAGCUCGGUGACCCAGCCAAGGAUAUUCGCUGUGGCGACAGCUGGAAUACUGUACCAGGCCUACCAAAAGACAAAGACGGGAAAGAGCAAGUCGCUUGCAGAGCUUACGGUGGUCUGGGUUACUAUUGCCUAUUGGAAACAUGCAAAUAUGGGAGUUUGAAAGAUAGCGAUGUGCCGAAGGGCUACUCUCUUUCAGACUGGCGCUUCGACAAGUGCACGCGGUACCCCCUGAAAGACGAGAAAGUCCCCGGAACUAACCAAGCCCAACCACCAGCACUAGCGUUCAAAGUUUCCCCAAUCGGAAUCUGGGCUCACAAUAUAGCCGGAAAAAUGGUGCUGACGGGUUGGGACGAAGACCAAGCUCACUUUGACAAACUCACACGUGUUUACACAUGCGCAUGGGAAAAAGUUGCGGACAUUAACAACCAAAGACCUGUAUGUCGUACGUGCACCCGCACUGACUUCAAAGAAGGCGACGAGCCGCAAAUCCCUGCACCCUAG